AGAGCUUCAUCUUGGAAAGGCUCAAUUUCUAAAAAUCUUCCUCAUUUAUUUUGUUGUUGAUCUUGGAGGACAUUUCCAUGGAUACCGACUGUAGUGGUGAGAGUCCAGUAGAACCGAAGAAGCGAAAAUCUAAGACGCCACGAAAAGCGAAGGAUAGCGUUCUAAAACAGAAAUCUCCUGCGGAAUUUUUCGCUGAGAAUAAGAACAUCGCAGGAUUUGAUAAUCCUGGGAAAUGUCUUUACACAACUGUGAGAGAACUUGUUGAAAAUUCACUCGAUUCAGCGGAAUCCAUUUCUGAGCUUCCAAUUAUAGAAGUGACAAUAGAGGAGAUUGGGAAAAUCAAGUUUAAUUCUAUGAUUGGACUUGUUGAUCGGGAGCGCAUCGAUAAGGAGCUGUAUGAUGAUUUUGAGACUGCUAAGGCUCGUGAGAAACGCCUUGCUAAAGAAGCUCGUGAUCAAGAAGUCCAAGCAAAGAGUGCUGCCCUUGGAAAGAAAGUCAAGGAACCCUCAGUUCAAAAGAGCAUGAAGGGUCGGGGUGAGACCUCAUAUUUCAGGGUAACUUGUAAGGAUAAUGGAAGAGGAAUGCCACAUGAUGACAUCCCAAAUAUGUUUGGAAGAGUUCUAUCUGGGACUAAAUAUGGGUUAAAGCAGACACGUGGAAAAUUUGGACUUGGUGCAAAGAUGGCAUUGAUUUGGUCAAAGAUGAGCACAGGGCUCCCAAUAGAGAUCUCUUCAUCAAUGAGGGGCCAAAGUUAUACUUCAUUUUGCAGGCUGGAUAUAGAUAUCCAUCGGAAUGUUCCUCAUAUUUUCUUGCAUGAGAAGAAAGAGAACACGGAAGGAUGGCAUGGAGCAGAAAUUCAAGUUGUCAUUGAGGGAAACUGGUCAACUUAUCGUUCCAAGAUAUUGCACUAUAUGCGUCAGAUGGCUGUUAUCACUCCUUAUGCUCAGUUUCUCUUUAAAUUUGUCUCAGAUGCUGCAGACAAAAAUGCUACUAUUCAAUUUGCUCGAAGAACCAAUGUAAUGCCACCAGUCCCCUGUGAGACAAAACACCACCCUUCUGCUGUUGAUUUACUGCUUAUCAAACGCCUUAUUGUGGAAACUUCAAAGCAGAAUCUUUUGCAGUUUCUCCAACAUGAAUUUGUAAACAUCGGUAAAAAAUAUGCUGAGCGUUUAAUUGGAGAAAUGGGUCAAGAUUUUAGUCAAAAAAUGGCUGUUAAAUCUCUAACAUCUCAGCAAAUAGUCCGUAUUCAUCAACUGUUUCGUCAGGCUAAAUUUGAUGACCCUAGUGGUGAUUGUCUUAGUCCAGCAGGGGAGUACAAUCUUCGUUUAGGAAUCAUAAAGGAGCUCCAUCCUGACAUGGUUGCCACUUAUUCAGGCAGCCCUCAAGUUUUUGAAGGCCAUCCAUUCAUUGUGGAAGCUGGAGUUAGCAUGGGUGGGAAAGAUGUUAAGCAAGGCCUGAAUAUUUUCCGAUUUGCCAACCGUAUUCCACUUCUGUUUGAGCAAGGGGCUGAUGUUGUCACAAGGACUGCUUUGAAAAGAAUCAAUUGGAAUAACUACAAGAUCAACCAGACACAAGAUAAAAUUGGUGUGUUUGUAAGCAUUGUCAGCACAAAAAUACCUUUCAAGGGAACUGGAAAAGAAUAUAUUGGAGAUGAUAUAAGUGAGAUAGCUUCUGCUGUUAAGUAUUCGAUUCAGCAGUGCUGUGUUCAGCUAAAAUCCAAAAUAGUGAAGAAAAUUCAAGCUCGUGAACAGCAAGAGAGGAAACGAAAUUUAAGCAAGUACAUACCCAAUGCUACAGGUGCCAUAUAUGAUGUCUUAAAAGAAAUGGCAAGGCAACACAGUUCAAAGAGGAAACACUAUGACGGAGAGGAUGUAGAAAUACUGAAGAAAGUAUCAGCCCGUGUGAUUACCGAAGAUACACUACAAGAAAAACUAGCUCAACACGUUGAACAGGUUGAUUAUGAGAUGGCAUUGGAUUAUGCCACGCAGAGUGGAGUCAGUGAAGAACCAAGAGAAGAUUUCUAUAUUCAGGCACUAGAAGGUGCAAACGAGUUCGUUGACUUCCGUAGUCCUAUCUUUGUUUUCAGGCUUUUCCAGUAGGUGUAUGUCCAUCCCUAGCCACCAGUGAAUCCAUUCAUCAAUAAAUGUUUCUGGGAAAUGCAAAUGGUACAUUUCCUUGUCUCCUUUUAGGAGGUUUCUCAGCAACCC